AUGACUAACAAACCGUCUCAUAAGAACGCCCGCGACCCGGCAACAAUAACUCCGGAAUACAUAUUGCAGCAACGAUUACUCCGGGAACAGCGGAAGCAACGUGAACGAGAAGAAAAGGGACUUAAUGAUAGCACCAAACAAGAAGCAACGACACCACCUCAUCUUCGAUUCCAAAAGAGAGAGAUGCUUCAAGUUAAUGACCCCAUAGAGGACAAGCUUAAGGUAAAGAUCAUGUCGUACAAUGUUCUUGCACAAUGUCUUAUUCGAAGAGAGUUAUUCCCCACCAGUGGAAACAUCUUGAAAUGGAGCAUUAGAUCGCAAGUUCUUAUGUCCGAGUUCAAGCACUACGACGCAGAUAUCAUGUGUUUGCAAGAGUUAGAUCAUGUUCAGUACAAGAGCUUUUGGCACUCGGAAUUAGAGAAACUAGGUUAUCAAUCUAAGUACUACAGAAACACAGCCAAGGGCCAUGGAGUGGCUAUUUUCUUCAAGAAAUCAAUGUUUGUAUGGAAACAUCAAAGUGCUAUAAACUACGAUAACGAAGAAGUCCCCCAGGGUUUAGAACCACGGACCAUAACUCAGAACAUUGGACUUAUAGUGCAAUUGGAUUUCACUUCGAUCAUUCGGAAAAAAUACAAACUAUCAAAAGCCGGAGUAAUUAUCGGAACAACUCAUCUCUUCUGGCAUCCAUUUGGAACCUUUGAAAGAACAAGACAGACAUAUUUGGUUUUGAAGAAGAUUAAAGACUUCACAAGUAUCUUGAAUAGCGUAUCUGGGACCCCACGUAGUGGGUAUUAUACGUUCUUUGCAGGUGACUUGAACUCUCAGCCUUUUGAUUCACCUUAUCUCUCAAUCACUGCUAAGCCAAUAGAGUACUCUGGAAGAUCUAAGCUUGUCAUUAGCUGUUCUUUGUCAUAUAGGUUUUCAAAGAACCGAGGAAAGACUUCAAAUGAGUCCAUUGAAGGUGGGAUCACCCACGUCGAAGAUCCAGAAGAUCCAGAGUUUGGUAGUGAUAAUAAUGAUGAUGACAAUGUUCAUGAUGAAAAGCAUUAUGAAGGUCAACCAAAGGACCCUGUUCCUGAAUCCUUUGAAGCAUCGGAAGAACAGCUUGAAUUGGUUCAAAAGAUCCAAGAUGUUCAUAAUUCAUUGGAUAUGAGAGCCAUAUCUGUUUAUGCCUCAGGAUAUCGUCAUGUUCAUCCAGAGAAUUCAGGUAGGGAUAAUGAUCGAUUUGAACCAUAUUUCUCUAAUUGGGCUCAUACUUGGAGAGGACUUUUGGACUAUAUAUUGGUGGUUUGCCCUUGGGACAAAACAAGGGAAGAUCAUUCUAAAAGAGUUGAUACCACAGAAGAGUUACAAGAGAACCAACUGAUUAGAUUAUUGAAACUAUUACGGUUACCUCAACCUGAAGAAAUGGGGUCCGAACCUUCAGGUCAACCCAGAUCAGGUCAGUAUCCUUCUGACCAUUUAUGUUUAAUGGCUGAGGUUCAACUUUUGUAG